AUGAUACGACUAAUAAGAGGCAAUAAUGUACCGAGUCUAGUAUUUAAACGGUCUUUAUUUGUGCCAAGCAACAGUCUUACCAAUAAGCGAAAGAGAAGAAUACCUCCAUUAAAACCCAGAUCAUCAAAUAAGGAAGGUGGAGAUAUCAAACAAUCUAGAAUAACCGAUCGGAAUCAAACAUCAAGAACUGUUGGAGUUUCAGAAAAACUACCUACUCAGAUUAAAAAAGAAUUGAAAGAUCUUCGAAGUUUCACUAAAGUCAUCGCCCAACAUUUAAAACCAGAACAAGAAAACGAUUCAUUAACGUCAGCUGAAAAACCAGAUACCUCCCAAUUACCUCCCAUAGAUAUAGAAGAAGCCACUGAUGAUAUUUUUGGACAAAUUUCCGGAACUAAAAAACUGUCAGUGGAAGUAGCCCCACCACCACCACCCCCUGGGUUAGAUAUCCCCGAUGAAAUCAAAGAACGUUUAGGAUUAUUAUCCGAACUUUUAGUGCCAGAGAAAAGCAGUAAUAGCAAAUUACCCGAAAAACAAGUAGAAAAUAAUUGGAAGCUAUUGCUAUCACAAUUAGACCAAGCUGGUGGUCUUUCUGGUUUAUCUAAACGAACCAUCUCCAAGUUUUUUCUGAAAAUCCCACCCAAGAAUUUGAAAGGUUUGAUUCCUAUAAUUGAGAAUAUGUACAAUAAAGCAGAAAUGAGUAUACCCCAUCCAAUCUACUAUAUGUUUGUCCGUUCAUUAACUUUAGGGGAUAAAAUCUCCGAUACACAAAUGCAAUUGAUUGAUAAAUAUUUUCAAGAAAUAUCGAAACAAACAGAUUUGAAAAUUGAUCAUUAUGAAACCAUGAUACUUGCACAAGUGAAAAACAAUCAUAUGGAGAAAAUUGAUGGAAUUUUGGCAUUGAUGAAAACGAAAAAUAUUGAAAUACUGAAAAUGAUUUAUACAUCCAUAGUCAGAGGAUACAUUUUUUACCAAAAGGAUCACCAAAAGGCAUUGGAAACUUUCGAUUCAAUGAAAUUUUUAUCUCAAAAAACCCAACCAGAUGAAAAAGUCUAUACUGAUGUUAUAGUUUCCUGUAUCAUGCAUCGAGAGAUUGAAAAGGCAUUGGAUUUGUAUUACGAACUCAAAGACAAAGGUAUGAAUGUGAAUCAGAAUUUACUUUCGACAUUAGCUAAAGGAUGCUCAAGACUGAAACAGUUUAAAACUCAGGCAUGGAACUUUUUGUUCCAAAUUUAUGAUCAUGGUUGGGUUCCAAAUUUACAAACAUAUGAGCACAUGCUUUAUAUUGCUGCAAGAGAUGGUGAUGUUGAAUUAACCAGAGCACUUUUCUAUAAAAUGCUUCAAACAAACUCAGUUACAGUCAGGGCAUUUAGAUACUUGAUUUUAUCUUAUUCCAAAUAUGUUCCACCACAUAAAAGAAAGGAAAGAUAUUUGAUAUUAUUAAAUCAUAAAGGUCAAUUGUUUAGAGAGAAUAUUUUACAAGAUGUUGAUUUUAGUAAACCUAUACAUGGAUUCCCAUUUUUACCAUCUUCCCAUAUUCCAGACUCAAAAUUUGUGUUAGCUGAAUCAAGUGCUAUUUGGGCCCAUACAGUUAUGAACAAUCCAUCAUUUUUAAGACAACAAACAUUGGUUGCCUCAUAUGUAUCUAUUGCUCUUGAACUUGAUGAUUUUACUGAAUUCAAAAACCGAUUCAACAGUGCAUCAUAUUUGAAUAAAGAUGGUAUACCAAAAGUUAGAGAAAUCGAAAUUAUCGAGCCACAGCAAGAUGAGCCAACUGAGACGGUAACCGCCACUGAACAACAAAACACCCUGAGUAAUACUAGUGUGAUAAGAUCACCAAUUCUUAACCAACUCCAGCAAAAUAUAAACGAUAAUCAAUUUAAGGCACCACGUGAUUCAUACCUUUACAAUCUUGCUAUUAAAGCAGCUGGAAAAUUUAAAAACUAUGGAUUUGCACAGGAAAUACUUCAUGAAAGAGGACAAUUUAGAAAAUCCAAUAGUUUUAAAUCAUUGUCACCAAAGCAACAACAUCAAGAUGAUUUCCAAUUUGCUGGAUAUUUGGUGGAAUGUUGGACAAAUAUGAAUUUAUUAGAAGAUGCUUAUGCAGUUGUAUUACUGUCAAUUGAUCGUUUCCCAUGGAGUUGGCGUGAAUUAGGUGUUCUUAAUAAUGCCGCUAUGAAACUUGGAAGUUUAGAAUUGGCUGAAGCAGUAAGAAAAGUGGCACAAGUGACUCAAGUCAAACAUCAUGGGAAAAUAAAAAGACAGGAUUUCAAAACUUACGUUAUGAAACGUGGAUAUUAA